AAACUAGAGAGAUCCAAGUAGAAAGUAUUUGGCGCUCAACUACUUUCGCCUUACAUGCCGGUUAAUUGGGACGGCCAACAGAUGGGAACAGUGACGGAAGGGCGUGAGGGACAAACAACUAGCUGGUGGAAGAAAAUCGGAUGUUAGUGUAGUGGGAGCUUUAAAAAAUAGACGGAACGUGUAGUUUUUAUUUGUAAUAUUCUAUCGCUGGCGGUUCUCUGUCCCUGUACGACACUAUGCAUAUGCAGAAAUGUCUGCUGGAGUAAGGUUGUCGAUUCUCGCUGUCGUUUUGCUGUCGAUACGGUUUACUCGCACUUCGCUCUGUGGGAUAGGUGGAUGUUCUCCAGGACCACCUGUGGUUCUUGUUCCUGGCGACCUAGGAAACCAGCUGGAAGCCAAGUUGAAUAAACCAUCGGUUGUACAUUACAUGUGUUCCAAGAAAACCGAUUACUACUUUACUCUUUGGCUGAAUCUGGAGCUUUUGUUGCCCCUUGUAAUUGAUUGCUGGAUUGAUAACAUAAGGUUGGUCUAUAACACCACAACCAAAACUUCAGCUUCACCAGAGGGAGUUGAUGUAAGGGUCCCAGGCUUUGGACAGACAUAUCCAUUGGAAUUUCUUGAUCCUAGCAAAAGAAGUGUAGGUAUAUAUUUUCACACACUUGUUCAGAGUAUGGUUGAUUGGGGAUACACUCGUGAUGCUGAUGUAAAAGGUGCUCCUUAUGACUGGCGAAAAGCUCCAAAUGAAAACACUGAAUACUUUGAAGCUUUACAGAAGCUCAUAGAAACGAUGUUUGAAACCUACAAGAGCCCUGUGGCGCUCAUUGCACACAGCAUGGGAAACCUGUAUACACUUUAUUUCCUCAACCACCAGACCCAAAACUGGAAGGACAAAUACAUUCAUUCUUUUGUGGCUCUUGGUGCUCCUUGGGGUGGAGUUUCUAAAACAAUGCGAGUUCUUGCGUCAGGAGACAACAACAGAAUUCCAGUAAUCAGUUCAUUGCUGAUUCGUGACCAGCAGCGCUCAGCAGUGUCUAAUUGGCUACUUCCAUACAGUAACACAUGGUCCUUUGACAAAGUAUUUGUAAGGACACAAAGCUCAAACUACACACUGCAGGACUAUCAGAAGUUUUAUAAUGACAUUGGCUUUCCAGAAGGUUGGGUCAUGAGGAGGGUCACAGAGGGAAUAAUAUCAUCUCUUACACCUCCAGGAGUUCCUGUACACUGUCUUUAUGGUACUGAAGUCGACACUCCUGAUUCAUUCCAGUAUGAUACUUUCCCAGACAAAGACCCAAACAUAAUAUAUGGACCUGGAGAUGGAACAGUUAACAUAGAAAGUGCUUUACAGUGUCGUAAGUGGGUGAGCAGGCAGAAACAGACAGUAUCUUUAGUGGAGCUGCCGGGUAAUGAACACAUUGCAAUGUUGUCAAAUAUGACCACCAUAUCUUAUAUCAAGAUGGUCCUUUUAGGUACAUAGCCUACUACUCUUAAAAAACAUUGUAAUCUGCCUUCAGUAUGUAGAAAGGAUUUUUGGGCCUCUCUUUCAUCGUUUUUUUAAGUGGUUAUAACUGCAAAAUUUAAAGAUUUACCAGUCAUGCAUUUUAUGUACAGUUUACCAGAACAUUAUUAAGCCUUUUUUUUUGUUGUAUUUUGCACAAUUUCCAGCGCAUUUUCACCUAUGUUCUGCAUAUGAAGAAGACAAAUGUUAUUGUAACUAAAGAAAUAGUUUGGUGUAUUCACAUUUCAUUAUAAUUUAAGAAAUAUUAACUAUUUGGCCACUUCAUGCCUUUUAUUCAUCCUUUUAUUAUAGAACAUAUAAAUAAUUGGCUAUGCA